AGACGUGAGCGAGCCAUCACUAAAGACUCUACAGAGAGAGAGAGAGAGAGAGAGAGAGAGAUGGUGGGACACGUGGGAGUUAUCUCUUCGGGCUCUUGCUUCCCGGCUCUCGGUCGUCUUCCUCGUCUCGCCUUCACCGAACGCAAGCCAUUUGCGACAGUGGCAGCGAUAGGUGAUGAUCCAAUUCGGGAAUGGAUACUAUCAGAAGGAAAGGCUACUCGAAUAACAAGGAUAAGUCCUGUCGGCGGAGGUUGCAUCAAUUCGGCUAGUCGGUACGAUACAGAUGCCGCUUCCUUCUUUGUUAAGACAAACAGGAGAAUAGGGCCAUCGAUGUUCGAGGCAGAAGCUCUUGGUUUAGGUGCCAUGUAUGAGACCGGCACAAUCCGUGUGCCUAGGCCAUUCAAGGUGGGGCCUCUUCCAACCAGUGGUUCAUUCAUAAUCAUGGAGUUUAUCGAGUUUGGAGCAUCAAGAGGCAAUCAGCCUGUCCUUGGGAAGAAGCUUGCUGAAAUGCAUAAGGCUGGGAAAUCUGCAAAAGGCUUCGGCUUCGAUGUUGAUAAUACCAUUGGCAGUACUCCACAGAAAAACACUUGGUCAUCUGACUGGGUUCAGUUUUACGGGGAACAUAGACUUGGUUACCAAUUGAAGUUGGCACUGGAACAGUAUGGAGACAGAUCAAUAUAUGACAAAGGACAGAGGCUAGUGAAAAGCUUGGGACCCCUAUUUGAGGGUGUGGUUAUAGAGCCAUGCCUAUUGCAUGGAGACUUGUGGAGUGGAAAUAUAAGCUCUGACAAGAACGGCGAGCCUGUCAUACUCGAUCCAGCAUGUUAUUAUGGACAUAACGAGGCGGAAUUUGGAAUGUCCUGGUGUGCUGGAUUUGCAGGAGCCUUCUACGACGCCUACUUCGAGGUGAUGCCUAAACAGCCCGGUUACGAGAAGAGGAGAGAGAUUUACCUCUUGUACCACUAUCUGAAUCACUAUAAUCUCUUCGGUUCGGGUUAUCGUUCCUCCGCCAUGUCUAUAAUCGAUGACUAUUUACGGAUGUUAAAUGCUUAAGGGGCUCGGAGUUUCAGAGUAUUUGAUUCAACCAGGUCCAUAUUAGUAUGUAUGUAUGCUCUCCCUAAUUGGGUAGAUCUAUUGAUUGUUA